AUGCUGGUGGAGGCCAUGACCGUGCAGCAGGCGAAGGCCAAGUGCGAGGAGAUGCCCGAGUGCGCUGGCUUCACGUUCGCUGGCAGGCCCACCGCGGAGCCGGUGACCGUGCACUUCAAGCGCGCGUGGAUUUUGGAGGGCGAGGGUUGGACAUCGUACAGGCGGGCAGCACGGCCAGAGGACUCACACCCUGCCCACGCGGACAACUGCUUCCGCCGAGGCGCCGGGUGUGCCCGCGAAGCGCCGUUCUUCCACUGGCGCAGCCACAGCGCGAUCCUCUUCCUGCACGGCCCCGAGAGCGGAGAUUUCAGCGGUGGUGACUUUUUCUUCACGCCGGACUGGGAGAGCGAGGGGGCCGCCAGAGUAAGGGUGGUGCCGAAGGCAGGGCGCCUCGUCGCCUUCACAGCCGGCGAGGAGAACAUCCACGGGGUCGAGGAGGUCACCAACGGGACGCGUUGCGCGCUGGCCAUCUGGCUGACUCUCGACGCCGAGCUGGCCGAGCACAGGGAUGAGCUGCGGACGGCGCGCUCGCUGCUAGCAGCCCACAAGGGGACGUAG